AUGCAAUAUGACUACGUAGCCAGAUCGCCUGGACAACGAGCCCCUACUCCUCCUCAGCCUACUGCGCGCCACUGUUACUCCAUAUCGCCAGCCUACGCUUGGUCACUGGCUCCACGCACUCUUAAUCUCUCUGAGCGCUUCAUCCCUAUUAAUCUACUUAUACAUGAGCAUAUGCAAACACACUCACAAAUGCCCAUCCCUGCUUUUAUAGGCUUCUGCAUAUGGUCACUGAUUCGCCUCAUCCAGACCCCUUUAGCACGUAAUCUUCAAUCAUCUUCUCAUAGCAACCGGUUUGAUUUAUUCGUCUUCCAUGGAGGAAUCGGCGCUACCAUGAAGGUCUCUUGCCUUCCCUUUGGCCGGAUCGCUUAUAGCGGCUUCUAUGGGAGCAUCUCUUGA